AUGGACGAGUAUCAAGAGAUGGAGAGAUUCAGCAUGGAAAACGAUUACGAAGGAGGUCGAUGGGAGAAUGGCGAGUUCUUAUACGAAAAGAGGAAGGAGAAGCGGAAACAAACGAAAAACGACGCUACUUAUGGAGUCUUCAUUGAGAGCGAUUCGGAUUCCGAUGGCUCUAGCGGCGGAGGUCGGAGGAAGAGGCGUAAGGAUCGGGAUUCGGGAAGAAAAGCCGACUUAACCAAGCCUGUCAACUUUGUUUCUACAGGUACGGUUAUGCCGAAUCAAGAGAUUGAUAGGGAUUCUAGAGAGCAUAAUGAUGAGAGAGAUAGUGAUAAAAUCGAAGACGAUAACAUGAUUCAUGAGGAUAGUGAAGUUAGAGGUGGAUUGGGUCUUGGAAGCGCAGGUUUAGGGUUAGGGUUUAAUGCGGCUGUGUUUAACGAGGAGGAUAAUCUCUUACCGGGUGCUUUGGGGAAGAAGAUUGCUGAGGGGGCAAAGAUGAGAGGCAAGGCCAAGAUGGAGAAGAGAGGUCAAGAGGGUGGUGCAAAGGGAGUGAGGAAGAAUACUUUAGGCGGUGAUAUCGGUCAGUUUGAGAAGUCUACAAAAGGAAUUGGUAUGAAGCUGCUUGAAAAGAUGGGGUACAAAGGAGGUGGGCUUGGGAAGAACCAGCAAGGUAUUGUAGCUCCUAUUGAAGCACAGUUGAGGCCGAAGAAUAUGGGUAUGGGGUACAAUGAUUUCAAGGAGGCAAAGUUGCCUGAUUUAAAGAAGGUAGAGGAGAAGAAGAGUAUUGCGGUCAGUGACAGUGAGAAAGGUCAGAGUCAUGGUGACAGAGGAGGGAGAAAUCUUUGGAAGAAGAAGAAGGUGAGGAAGGAAGUUUAUGUCACUGCAGAGGAGUUGUUGGAGAAGAAGCAGGAGGAGGGUUUUGGUGGUGGGCAGACCAUUAUUGAUAUGCGAGGACCACAGGUUCGGGUUGUGACAAAUUUGGAAAAUUUAGAUGCAGAGGAGAAAGCAAGAGGAGCAGAUGUUCCAAUGCCGGAGUUGCAACACAACUUGCGACUGAUUGUUGAUCUAGUCGAACAUGAUAUUCAGAAGAUUGAUAGAGACUUGAGGAACGAGAGAGAAUCGGCCUUGAGCUUGCAGCAGGAGAAGGAGAUGCUUAUAAAGGAGGAAGAGAGACAAAAAACACACUUAGACAACAUGGAAUAUAUCGCAGAUGAAAUAAGUCGAAUCGAGGUGGAGAAUACGUCUGGGAGUUUGACACUGGAUUCACUUGCUAAUCGUUUCGAGGACCUGCAAACAAGCUAUCCUGAUGAUUAUAAGCUUUGUAACUUGUCUUUCAUCGCUUGCUCACUGGCCUUGCCUCUCUUUAUCAGGAUGUUUCAGGGUUGGGAUCCUCUUAGGGACGCAGUCCAUGGUUUGAAGACUAUAUCUUCUUGGAAAAAGCUUUUGGAAGUCGAGGAUAAUCAGAAUAUCUGGGAAACCUCAACACCUUAUAGCCAACUAGUCUCGGAGGUAGUGUUACCUGCUGUGCGUAUAGCAGGCAUCAAUACCUGGGAACCUAGAGACCCUGAGCCGAUGCUUAGAUUUUUAGAGACAUGGGAAAAUUGGCUGCCUUCGUCGGUCUUGCAUACGAUUUUGGACACUGUAGUGCUGCCGAAACUUUCAAGUGCUGUUGAAUAUUGGGACCCGCGAAGGGAACUUGUUGCCAUUCACGUCUGGGUGCAUCCUUGGUUGCCAAUACUUGGUCAGAAGUUGGAGUUUAUGUAUCAGAUUAUUCAGACGAAGUUGAGUAAUGUUCUUGAUGCUUGGCAUCCUAGUGAUCCAUCUGCGUACACUAUUCUGUCUCCAUGGAAGACGGUGUUUGGUGCGACAAGCUGGGACCAACUUAUGCGUCGAUACAUAGUUCCCAAACUUCAGCUGGCUUUGCAAGAGUUUCAGAUAAACCCGGCAAACCAGAAUUUAGACCGGUUCAACUGGGUCAUGAAGUGGGCAUCUGCAGUACCGAUACACCUAAUGGCUGAUUUGAUGGAGAGGCUCUUCUUCCCCAAAUGGCUGGAUGUGCUGUACCAUUGGCUGCGCGCUAAACCGAGGUUUGACGAGAUCCACGAAUGGUAUUAUGGUUGGAAAGGGUUAUUCCCGCAAGAGCUUUCAGCAAACGAGAGGAUCCGAGUCCAGUUGAAGCGUGGUUUAGAUAUGUUGAUGGAAGCUGUUGACGGAGUCGAAGUGUCUCAGCCAAGGGCAAGGGCACAAGAGCAGAGACACUUCGAGCCGGCUCAGGCUCCGGCUAAGGCUCACAUGGAUAACACUGAGGUGCUGAGUUUGAAAGAAGUGUUGGAAGUAUUUGCACAAGAGAAGGAGUUGCUGUUCAAACCUAAACCGAAUAGGAUGCACAAUGGUCUUCAGAUUUAUGGGUUUGGGAAUGUGAGUGUGAUUAUAGACUCGGUGAACCAGAAGCUGUUGGCUCAGAAAGAUGGAGGCUGGUUUCUUGUCACUCCUGAUGACUUAUUGAGGAUGCAUAACAAUGCGACUGUUUCUGGAAAACGAUGA